AUGAGUGGACUUCUAUCAGUGAUAUCGAAUCCAAAUUAUGUCCGUGACCACUGGAAGGAUGAUGACUUCUUUGGCUACCAGUUUCUAAAUGGCAUCAACCCCAGGCUGAUCCAACGUUGUAAAGCCUUGCCUGAAAACUUUCCUGUGUGCAGUAAUGUGUUGUUCCAGGAGGAGAUAAAGAAUGGAAACAUUUUCCUGUGUGACUACAAGAUUUUGGACGGAGUGGAAACAAACACCAUCAAUGAGAAGAAGCAGUACUUGGCGGCUCCUCUUGUUCUGCUCCGCUUGGAUGGUGGAAAAAUGAAGCCCAUCGCCAUUCAGCUGAAGCAGACUCCAGGACAGGACAAUCCUGUCUUUCGUCCCACCGAUCGUAGCGACUGGCUGUUGGCAAAGAUCUUUGUGCGAAGUGCAGAUUUCAACCUGCAUGAACUCAACAGUCACCUGCUGAGCACUCACCUGCUGGCUGACGUUUUUGCAGUGUCACUGAAGCGAAACCUUCCCAUGGUGCAUCCUUUGUACAAGCUUCUCAUUCCACACUUUCGCUACACUUUGUUCAUCAACAGUGAAGCUCGAAAGUCUCUCAUAUCUAAAGAUGGAACCUUCACCAAGUUUGCAGCUUCUGGUGGAGAAGGCAUGUUGACCAUCUUGAGGAGAUCCCUCGAAACACUGACGUACAGGUCCCUCUGCAUAAAAGAUGACAUCAAGGAUCGUGGGCUGGAGGAUGUGCCAAACUUCUACUACAAGGAGGAUGGAGAGAAGCUCUGGGACAUCAUCCACAGGUUUGUGGAGGAAAUGCUCGGCCUCUACUACAAAGAUGACAAUCAGGUCAAGCAAGACUGUGAAGUGCAGAACUGGAUUUUGGACAUCUUCAAACAUGGAUUCCUUUCUUGUAAAGAGCAUGGAAUUCCAGACAAAUUUGAGAGUCUGCCUGAUUUGGUCAAGUUCGUUACCAUGGUGAUGUACACUUGCUCUGCUCAGCAUUCGGCUGUGAACACUGGACAGUAUGACUUCUACGGCUGGAUGCCCAACGGCCCCAGCAGCCUGCAGCUGCCGCCACCAACCACAAAGGGGGAAGUGACUCAAAAAAGAAUUCUGGCCACAUUCCCCAACAUGGAAACAACAGUUAAUGCCAUGUCUACUGUUUGGCUGCUCAGCAAUACAUUUGGUGAUGCGGUCCAUCUUGGUGACUACCCGCAGAAACAAUUCACCGAAGAAUGUUCCCGAUUGAAGAUAAGAGCCUUCCAACGAGAGCUUAAGAAGUUAAGCACCGAAAUCAACGACCGAAACAAGAACAUGGAGAUAAAAUACAACUACCUGGACCCAUUGGUGAUGGAAAACAGCGUGAGCAUUUGAAUCUCAGCGUCAGCUGUUCGUUGUACUCGGAGAAGAGACCAAGAGUCUGAUUUUAAUUGAUACUUUGGUGGAGGGAAAAUGCUUUUUAUGAUCUUUGAAUGCUGAUCAGGCUGCAUACAAGUGCAUUAAUGCAGCUGUGUAAAAGUGAUUUAAUCGCAUCAUAUUCUCACAGUUCUGAACAAAACAUAAUCAAAUUUGAAGCAGAUCUUUUUGAUUAGCAGCUGCUUCAAGGGUGUUUUCAGUUGGAAUUUUUAGUUUCA